GCUCCGGGUCCCUCGUCGGAUUGCUCCCUGGCCUGAAUGUGGUGACGGGGGCAUGUGGAGGUGAGGGGGCUGGGAGAGCACCUGCACCACAGUGGAUCAGUCAGCAGGUGAGAGCUGUUAGCUGACUGAUCCUCAGGUUCAGAAGGAGGUGCAGGAGCUGCCUCAUGGAGAACACACGCUCAGGAGACACGCGGGACAGAGACACAUGAGAGGACAGCUGGAAAGUUUCAGUUUGUAUUAAUGAAAUGCUGAAAAAGCAACAGAACCGUCUCUGGCUGUGUGGGGGAGCCUCGUGGAAUGUCUCACAAAGCAGGUACCUUUAGGCUCGACCCUGGAUUUUCAGCCCUGCAGAGAUACCUCGAUUGAACGCUGAGUUCAUCUCCAGGCAGUAAAAAAAUGUUUUCCUAAAACCUGCUGACACCGUGCUGGUGAAUGUGGCGCCACCCUGUGGACAAGGUGACCAAUGUAACCGCUAGGUGGCAGGAGAAAGCAACAUAAUCGUCUGCACUGGUUCUCGCGGCCAGAGCAUCGAAAUGAUGACAUCACACUGAAGAAGUCACCUUGGCUGCAUCACUGUUAACCCUGACUCCACUUCACCCACGCACCCCUCCAUCGGCAUGGUGACAGAUGAGAAAACAGAGGUAGGAGGGGCCAUGGUGAUAUCACACACUGAGGGGGGGGUAUAAGAAGACGUCCUGGUAGGGACAUGAACACAAAACACCUGUUGCUGCUCUCCUGCCUCAACACACAAGACCUUUCAGACUUGUCUGCAUCUCCUGGAGAGUUUGAACUUACAGCUGCUAAAUUUCCACAUCUGAACGUCCAACAUCGAGGAUGGUGAUGGAUUCCUUUGUGUGCAAGACCCUGCUGACUUCAAUCAUCAUCUGCAUGGCUCUGCAACAUGGUUGUGGACACCCCUUAUCAGAGCGGGCAGAGUUGCCAGCUCAGGCUUCACAUUCACAGCAUGUCAGGACCAAACGCUGCUCCUGUAACAGCUGGGAUGAUAAAGAAUGCAUCUACUUCUGCCACCUGGAUAUUAUCUGGGUCAACACGCCAAGUAAACUCCUUCCUUAUGGUUUGGGAAGUCCCCCGUCUCGCCGCCGCCGCCGUUCAGCCGACCGUUGCGGAUGCAGUAACUCCUUGGAUAAAACUUGCACCAGUUUCUGUCAUAACAGCUCUCAGAACCCAAGCACUGAUGUUUUGGGCUCCUCAGGAAAAUCUGGAAACAUACACAGCAACACAAUGCUGCAAUCUUUCAGAUCUGUGGUCAAGUCCAACACUGCCUUUGCAAAAAACACUCUGUCGUCAAACAAGAGGUUGGCUUUAAUCAAGAUGCUCAAGGGCAGAACGAAGAGAUAGAGGACUGAAAGUAAAACCAAAGGAGGUUUAAUUGCUGUGGAUUCAAAAUCAUUGGCAAGGGACUCCUCCAGCAGCCUUCAGUACAGGCACCAGGGUUCUACGACAUUUCGAGACUCUUACCUGAAGGCACGGGAAGCACACGGAUCAAGCAUCUGAUUAACAAAAUAGUGCUAUCCUUAAGAUAGAAAUCAAGUUCUUUGGCAGGAGCAAUGCUGGGUGGAGGCGUUAAGAGUCAUUUCUUGAACUCUGCUUGAACAUUUCCAAACCUAAUAACGAUCUAACUGUCAAGGAAGGAUCUGUCAAAACCAAUGACAUUGGAACUGACUUUGGGACAAUUGAGCAGCCACAUCAAGAAAAAGCUUCAGUGACCAAAUGGGGACCAGUUGUUUGGUUACUCUGGACAAAGCUCUGGUUUGACUCAUCUUUAAGGAUAGUUUUAGAUCCAGAACUCAUCUGCACUGAGGAUUAUAGGAUCACUACAAAUUCCAGAGCUGUAUAAACUGUAUUUACCAUUUUCCAAAUUUACUCAAAUGUCUUUGAAACUAUUUAUUCACUCUUCAUUGCUGACCUUUGGUUUGGUUUAAUAUUCCUCUGUAUCAGAGCAGAAAUCUGCUGUCCUGCCUAUUGUUUAUGGCAAAUUAGCCAGUAGCUUUUUAAUUAUGAAGCUUACUUGAAGGUGUCAUCUUGAACACUGCCACGGUGAACUGAAGGCCACAACUUUGGGAUUUACUUAACAAUCAGCUUUAUAUUAGGUCUAGUAGGACGAUUGUGUUGGUUCAAGUGCUUACUGCAUAGCUCCUCUUUAUUGUUCUGAUUGAAGAUUAGUUUCACUCAUGUGCUGCCUGUAAAAAAACAGUUUUUCUCCCUCUGACCAAUUCCCACUUACCUUCUCUGCUUUGGCUCUGUGUCCAUUGACUCCAUCUGUUUGACCUCAGAGAGCAGGAAGUGAUACACAUGGACAUGUAACUCAUGUAACUCAUCCUCAGCGCAGUGCUGGAUCCUUCACCAGCUUAAAGUUUACUGUUGAAUGCUCAACGAUUUGAUUUAUUUAUUCUCUAAGUUAUUCCAACAUGUAUUUAUAUUUGUAUGAAUGAUCUGCU